UAUCAGUCUUCCUCGGCCUCAGUGUCGUUGUGUCUUUGUUUGCUCUUUUGUAUCCGAGGGAAAAGGUGUGCUGACAAGAGUCACCUGGACUAUUCUCAAUGUCGCGGCAGACCUCGUAUCCUCAGCUCGUCUUAUUUGGGGAUUCGCUUUUCCAGGCCGCUGCCAGUAUAUCAGACGGCUUUUCGUUCCAGACUGCUCUGCAAUCACAGGUCCUCCGCCGGCUCGAUGUCGUCAACCGUGGGCUUUCUGGGUACAACACAUCCAAUGCCCUGAGCGUCUUGCCGCAGCUCUUUACACCGCCAGGACCCGGGGUGCCGCAUCUCAAGUACCUGUUCGUCCUCUUCGGCGCCAAUGAUGCCGCUGUCCAAAUACCUACAAACUUCCAACACGUGCCCCUCGACAAGUACAAAGCCAACCUGAAGCGCAUCAUUACCCACCCCAACAUCACGGCGCACAAGCCCAAGAUCUUUGUCGUGACCCCGCCGCCGCUGGAUGAGAUCCGAGUCACGGAGAUCGACAAAGCCAAUGGGCACCCCGCCGCGCUCAGGCGAACCAAAGUCAGCGCGAGCUACUCCGAGGCCGCGCGGCAGGUGGCUGCCGAGACCCCGGGCGUCACGCUGCUGGACCUGCAAAAGGCGCUGAUGGACAGGGCCAUCGAGAAGACACCGGGUUUCAACCCGGCGGGGCCAGCGCUCGGCGACCCGGAAGGCGGCGUGCGCGGUUACCUCGAGCAUCUGCUCCCGGAUGGCCUCCACCUGAGCGCCGAGUCGUACCGCAUAUUCUACGAACUUGUGCGCCCGCACGUUGAGACCGAGUGGGCCGGAACGCCCGACGAGGACAGAGUCGGAUAUGUGCUGCCCGACUGGCGCGAGGCAUCAUGGCUGGAAGAGGACAGUCACCUCAAGGGGAAAUCUCUGUGAACACAGCAAGCCCUGCGGCUGUGAAGGUGAGUCCAGUGUCUACUACAUGUUGGGACACCCGACAACGCAUUGGCGCAGCUCUCCCAGAGGGGCAGUUAAAUGUAACUCAUGCCUGCGACGAGCCUCAAGCAUAACCUGUCAA